CCUCUGGCACAAGAGCUGCCUCCGGGUCCCUCCUGUCCCCAGCACAGGUCCCGGGGCUGGUGUCACGCUGGAGCCAAUCCUCCUCUGUUUGACCACGAGCUCAGGACAUUGGUUGGGAGAGUGCUGGCUUCUGCUCCCCUCCCCUGGCUCUGCUGGCACCAAGGAUGCUCUGCCUGCUGCUUGCCCUGAGAGUGCUGCCACUCAGCCUGGCAGCUGCCAUGGAGAUCCAGGUCCCGGAUGAGCCCGUGGUGGCUCUUUUUGGCAGGGAUGCCACCCUCUCCUGUUCCUUCUCCCUCGAGGCCAACUUCAGCCUGGACAAUCUGACCCUCAUCUGGGAGCUGACAGACACCAAGCACUUGGUCCACAAGUUCUCUGGUGGCCAUGACGAGCUGGCAGACCAAGAUGGGGGCUAUGCCAACAGGACAACCCUCUUCUACGACCAGCUGGCCCAGGGCAACGUCUCCCUGCUCCUCCGGAGUGUGGAGAUCUCAGAUGAGGGCAGCUUCACCUGCUUCGUCCAGGUCCAGAAACACAGGAAGGCAGCUGUGACCUUGCAGGUGGCAGCUCCCUACUCCAAGCCCAGUAUGAACCUGGAGCCCAACAAAGACUUGAAGCCAGGAGAUCUGGCAGAUGUGACUUGCCACGCUUCCCAUGGCUAUCCCAAAGCCAGUGUCCUCUGGCAGGACAGUCAGGGGAGCAACAUCACAGAACAUGUCACCACUUCUCAGGUGGCCAAUGAGGAUGGUCUCUUCGAUGUCCACAGUGUCCUUCAGGUGCUGGUGGAACCCAGCAGCACCUACUCAUGCUUGGUGCAAAACCCAGUGCUACAGCAGGAGACCCAAGCCUCUGUCACCAUCACAGGCCAGCACCUUGCCUUCCCUGCUGCUGCUCUCUGGGUGACAGUGGGGCUGUCCCUCUGUGUCGUGGUCCUGCUUGUCAUCCUGGCUUAUGUCUGCCAGAAGAAAAUCCGACAGAGCUGCGAGGAAGAGGAGGAAAACACAGGGACAGAGGAGCAGGAUGAAGAGGGGGAAGAGCCCAAGACAGCCCUGCAGCCCCUGAAGAGCAUGGAGAGCAGAGCUGAUAACGAGCAAGAGAUUGAUUGAUGGGAGCUGAGACACCCCCAGGCAGUGCCCUGUGCCCUGGACCAGUUUAGGUGUCUCCAGUGGGGACGAGCUCCAUGGAGGUCCCAUGGGGAGGGCAUGGACCUGCUGCCACCCCUUGUCCCAGGCUCUGUCACCCUCCUCCUUUCCCAGCUGUGUCUUUGGGGCACCCUGGGGCUGGAGAGAAGCUACAGCUCUGUAUCCCUGGGAAGCCCCCAGGACCCCUGCAUCCUUCCUGGGGAGGGGGUGUGCAGUGGGGAGGCUCCUCCUUGUCCAUCUCUCCAUCCCCACAUGGGCUGUGAGCUACUGAGGUCAACUGAUCUCCCAAAACUGACCCCCUCUGCGUCACCACAGCUGAGCCAGCCACCUCCCAGGACAAAUUUUGGUGCCUUUUCCACAGCCAGAGGCCUCCAGAGGGGUGAUGGGCUCAGCAGAGUCCUAGGGAGCGAGCCCAGAACCUGAGGCUUCAUAGGAGAUGGUGGAUGGGACCUACAGGAUCCCCAGGCAGAGGGGGACAGAGUUGGUGCUCCUGGCCCUGAUGGGUUCCCCACUCUGGGGACUUCCAGAGACAAUGAUUUUUUUCACACUGUGCCACUG